GCUGCAUGUUCUCACUAGGAAAUAUUAAUUAUUAAAAAAGGUGGCCUGACACUUAAUCCACAACUCCACGUCAUUAUCACGCGUUAGUAUGUCACAAUGACACUGAAUAGAGCUUAAAAGUAUAUCUGAAAGCAAGGAGCAGAUAUAUAGCGAUAAAAGUUGUGUGGUUUACACUUUUCCACUGCAAUAUUAUUUGGUGCAAUUAUGGACUUGUAUUUGAAAGUGCCCAAUGAGCUCUCAAUCCAGAAUCAAGAAAAUGGGGACCACAAAAUGCAGAGGCAGGUCAGUGAGAAUCCUGAUGAGACCAUAGAAUCUAAAGGACUUAGAUUCUGUCAACGCUUUCUCCAGGGACGAUGGAAAGAUGUGUCGGAAAAAGAUUUCACAGUGGAACGAAUCCAUUUUUACGUGCCCUCUGCUACUCCUACAUCCACUGAUCCAGGAUUUUGCAUGAAACAAGCAAUGGAUUUCACUAUUAGAGUGGGGGACUCAGCAACUAUUUGUACCUGUGUUCUCUACCGAAGGAUGUUGAUCCAAUCAAUGGCGAACCACGUCACAUUCUCCUGCGGAUCUAUGGACAGAUCCUCGUGGAACACCCAGAUACUAUGGUGUUGGAUUCUGUCAUCUUUGCACUGAUGUCUGAGAAAAAACUAGGACCAAAGCUCUAUGGGGUCUUCACAGGAGGACGGUUGGAGGAGUACAUUCCCGCGAGGUGUCUUCUUACGGAAGAGCUUCACAUUCCUGUAAUAUCUCUGGAGUGCGCCAAGCGUAUGGCACGUAUACAUCAACUCCACAUGCCCCUCUGUAAAGAACCAACUUAUAUAUGGGACGCUAUGAAAAGAUGGCUUGAUGAGUCCCUCAAUGAGAUAACAUUCGACCAAUCAGAUGUUGAUUCCACAGUGAAGUUCAACAAACUGCUAAGCUACAACCUUGCUGAAGAAUAUGAGUGCCUAAAGGAAACCCUAGCUGCUGUACAUUCCCCCGUUGUGUUCUGCCACAAUGACAUGCAAGAAGGCAACAUUCUGUUUAUGGAAGAUGAGGAACCAGGAAACCAGUUACUGCCAAUUGACUUUGAAUAUGCAGGAUAUAACUACAGGGGCUUUGAUAUUGGUAAUCACUUCUGUGAGUGGUCGUACAGCUAUAAAAAUGAUCGCCCGCCAUAUUACCAUGCCAGCCUUGCAGACUACCCCUCCAGAGAUCAACAGCUGUUGUUCAUUCGAGAAUAUAUUCGUGAAUCAGGCAUCGAGAAUGACAAUGGAGAGACAGAGGAGAAAAUGUUACUAGAAGUGAACACAUAUGCUCUAGCGUCACAUUUCAUGUGGACACUAUGGUCAAUAGUACAGACCAGGAUCUCUCAUAUACAGUUUGGCUAUUUGGACUAUGCAUUAGCACGCAUAGAGGGAUACUUCUGGCUGAAAGACCGCAUCAACACAUUUUCAAACCAUCAAACAAGAAAGCAGUAAUUGACUGGAGCAGCAUGUUUGAUACAAAGUAUGCAUGAAAUUGAAAUAAAACACGGUAAAACCUGAGAAAAUGGAACACCUUUGCCACUUCAAAAUGGUGUUUCACAUCAGAGGUGUUUAACACACAGAGGUUCAGUUCACAUUAAGUAAAUGAGAAACAGGACUUGGAAAAGUGUUCCACUUAUAAAGGUGUUCCACUUUACAGGUUUUACUAUAAUGUAGAAUCCAGUUCAAAUGAUCUAUUUUAGUCAUUCAUUGAGCUGUUAUGUACAGCUGUUGUGUAAAGCUGUUUUCUAGCCAUAAUGGAACAGUAUUACCAAAUUAACAGUACUACAGUGUAUUAAAACGAUGGAAUUGAUAACAGGGAACUUUUUUUAUGACUUGUAAGAUUUUGUUGUUUUAUUUUACAGAGACAAAACUACCCA